AUAUACCAAAAUAUUUGGGAGAGAAGUUCUGCGUUUCUUUUUCUCUCGUCGACAGUAACCUUUCCCUCUCUCCUGCGAACCAAGAAAACCUCCAAAGAUGCCAACAGUUAGUGUAAAAUGGCAAAAGGAAAUCUUUCCGGCUGUUGAAAUUGACACCAGCCAACCUCCACUAGUGUUCAAAUGCCAGUUGUAUGACCUAACUGGAGUGCCCCCAGAGCGGCAAAAAAUAAUGGUGAAGGGAGGUUUGUUGAAGGAUGAUGCAGAUUGGAAUGCAAUAGGGGUGAAAGAGGGUCAAAGAUUAAUGAUGAUGGGAACUGCAGAUGAGGUUGUAAAAACACCAGAAAAGGGUCCUGUAUUCGUGGAAGAUCUCCCUGAAGAUGAACAAGUAGUUGCUGUGGGGCACAGUGCUGGUCUAUAUAAUUUGGGGAAUACCUGCUACAUGAACUCAACCUUACAGUGCUUGCAUUCAGUUCCAGAGUUGAAGUCGGCUUUGUCAAAUUAUGCACAUUCUGGACGGAGAAGUGAUUUAGAUCCAACGUCCCAUCAGCUCACCGUUGCAACUAGGGAUCUGUUUGGCGAGCUUGAUCGAAAUUUCAAGCCUGUGUCCCCAAUGCAGUUUUGGAUGGUUUUGCGGAAGAAGUUUCCUCAAUUUGGUCAGCAGCAAAAUGGUUUCUUCAUGCAACAGGAUGCUGAGGAAUGUUGGACUCAACUUAUGUAUACGCUCUCACAAUCUCUCAAGUCACCUGAUCCAGGAGAAAAUCCAGAGACUGUGAAGAGACUGUUUGGAAUUGAGCUUGUCAGUAGGGUUCACUGCAAGGAAAGCAGUGAAGAAAGUCCAGAGACAGAGUCCGUAUAUGCCCUAAAAUGUCACAUAUCACAGGAGGUGAACCACUUGCAUGAGGGCCUAAAACAUGGUCUCAAAUCAGAACUAGAGAAGGUUUCUCCUGCUUUGGGUCGCAGUGCAGUUUAUUUGAAGGAGUCAUGUAUCAAUGAUUUGCCUAGGUAUUUGACAGUUCAAUUUGUUCGAUUCUUUUGGAAAAGGGAGUCAAAUCAGAAGGCCAAGAUAUUACGGAAAGUGGACUAUCCGUUGGAGCUUGAUGUUUUUGACCUGUGUUCGGAAUCCCUCAAGAGUAAACUUCAGACCCCUCGCCAGAUUCUAAGAGAUGAAGAAGGUGCCAAGCUUGGAUUAAAGAAAAAUGAAUCGAAGGAUAAAGAAGCUCAAACACCUAAAACCGAGGUAGGAGCAAAUGAAAAUGGACAGUCAUCCACAGGUGCUGCACUUGAAGAGAAAGAGAUGCAUAUGACUGGAAUUUAUGACCUUGUUGCUGUGCUGACUCACAAGGGCAGGAGUGCUGAUUCUGGUCAUUAUGUUGCUUGGGUAAAACAAGAAAGUGGAAAAUGGAUCGAAUAUGAUGAUGAAAAUCCCAUCCCCCAAAGGGAGGAAGACAUUACAAAGCUAUCUGGUGGAGGAGACUGGCAUAUGGCUUACAUUUGUAUGUAUAAAGCUCGACUAGUUCAGGUUUAAUUGAUCUUCCACAUUUUGAGCACAAUAAACUAAAUUCAUUCACUUAUGAUCAAGUGUAAAGAUUAUACAGGCCUUCAAGAGUUGUUUUGUGUCUGAGGUGAGUCAUUGGAUUGCAUAAAUAUUUUUUCAAGAUGUGGCGAAACCAAGUACAUUCUCUCUCUCUCUCUCUCUCUCUCUCUCUCAUAUUUUUUGUUAGAACUUUGUAAAUCGUCAUGGUCUGCUGACUAUCUGAAUGGUGCCUAAACUUUUCAUGUAUAAAUUGCUUCUUAGACAGAUCA